AAUCGAUACGUAUUUGCACUGAGGUGUUUUUCUUUCCCUUGAAGUGUGAGUGGUAACGUAGCAGGGUUCAAAUCGUAGCGAAAAUAUGCGCGCACGGUCGGCGGGUGACACCAGCGUGCCCCAGAAGGGAGGUGAGUGUUUGUACCCGGGUCAGCCCGGUCAUUAAUGUUACACUCACCCGGAGGGGGAAGACGGUAAAAACGAAAGUCAUGUUCCUACCGUGCACCGUGCGUACACAAGAUGAAAAUAUGAAGCUAUGUAAACGGUGUAGCGACAAAUGAUUUGGGGUUACCAGAUCGCCCGUGCACUCCACGAGGGACACGGCAGGCAUAGAGGCAACAAUAGCGGGGAUUUCUUCGUCACAAGGACAUUGUGAUAUUGAAUGAAUGGAGCGAAUCAUUUGAGCAACGGUGAGGAAAAGCUGAUUAUGAACUUAAUAUUAUAAGCACAGGACCAAUGCAUCGUUAUAUUGCCAUAUUGUUGCGUGACAGUUUUGACACCGUUCACGACGCACUACAUCAAAUCUCCAAUUAUGUGUAGAAACUUUGCAAGUUUUUGCAACAAAAGAGUGACCGCAGACCAGCCAAAUUCGGAAGAAGCACGGUUCGCUUUGGACAUGUUGGAGGAAACCAACACGCCGUUUCGACCUGGAUAUGCGAUAUGUACAUGAACACUAUACUGGCAUCGAAGGUCGACAUCUUCAAUUCGGCACAAUUGAAAUUUGGGUCACAAAUAAAAAAACAAUUUUGUUACAGCUUGUCAACCAACACGUCCUUCACAGCCGGUGAGUUCUGAAAAGCCAAGCCAGACAGCGUGAAAACACAUUAUAACUGUUAAAUAACUCGGCGCUGAUAAUCUUCGGUAAGGUUAUUAAAAAUUAAUAAGACUCAAUGCUGUGAUUUCCUCUAUCUUCGCACUCGCAGCUGCACACAGACUGACGACGAAUCUCAUUACAUGGACUCUAUUGAGCAUGUCUGUACAGCUAUUUAGUCUAAGAGGAGACACGUACAACCGCCGAUAAUCUAGUGCUACAGCAGACUGUAAGGUGAAGAACAAAGUUCAUUUCGAUUCAGUGUGUUUGUUCAGGACCUCGGGACAUAAUGAACUACUUUUGUAAUUAUUAUCAUAACCGAAGAUAUCGGUCAAUUGGUUGUUACUAUGUCAUGGUAUGGUACUGAUUAACUGUUCAUUCAGUGUACGUUCUGAAUGUUGGUUUUCUGCAAAACAGUUUGCCAAUGGGUGUGAAUUUCAGAACGGACUCAGUAUGACAUUUGGCAUGUAUUGCAAAACCACGCCUGUGUUUAUGUCUACUAAGACGAACGAUAAGACAGCGGAAGGGAGGGUAGAAGAUGCAUACCUAAGUGGAGAGGUUGCCAUGAAGAAGAUGAACUCUGCCCCGUUGCCUAGGAUACGAGUAGAGGAGUGUGGCCUCACUGUGGACAUGAGGAAGAGGCGAGACGGACGCAGCAAACAGAGCAAGGGGAAAGAUCGACUUGAUUCUAAGAUUUCGAAGUUCAGAGGCGGUGCUUCAAGCGAAAGCAACCCAGACGAAAUUCCAGCGGGUAGUCUCCGAGAGCGGUGGUUGGCAGAUGCCAGGGAUUCCUCGACUGGUCAAGCUGCGGUGGUGGAGAGAAGCUUCUCCACGGAGUUUGUAGACUCACUCCGGAUCGGUAAGGCGGACAGCCAGGCUCUGACGCGGGGCCAGGCCCUGCCCGGACCCAUGGAGCCUCGUCCCAUUCCACGGAUGCGGUACUCGAAAGGAGCACCCCUCAUCAGCCGUAGCAUCGGAGACGCGGUGGAUACCUUCCAGACACGGCGGGCUGCAAGCAUGGGGGCUGUUUCCUCAAAGGAACGGGUCGUCAUCAGACGUCUGGCUGCUAAGAGAUCCGAGACUAUUGCAAACCAAGACUUGUUCCUCUCAACCACGGACCGGACUCGCCGGUACAACGAGCGGAACGAGCGGCUCCAGCAGCGUGCUUCAUGGAGGGACCGCCGGUACCACAGCCUUGAGGACACCCGAUCACGACUCGGUAUGGUGACGAGGAAAUACAAACGCGGUGGAUCAACCUGUCCUGAGGACUUUGACUUUCAACUAACCUACACGAACGCGGAUGACAUGGCCAGAGAGCUGCGAUCCAGGUCAGGUGCCGACCUGUUCGCCGGGGAUCUCACGGACAAAGCGAGGCGAGGCACGCCCGGUGAACGAGGCGGGUCGAGUGGGACGUCUGACGAGUCCAGUGUGGUGCACAGCGUGGAUUGUCCGAUGUGCUACCUGUAUGAACCGUCCAGGUUCGGGCAUGUUUGCCCGCCUAACACUCCUCUCAUACAACUGGACAAAAAAGACGAGAUGUUAUGACUGUUUAAAUACCUCAUACUAAUUGGCUAACGAAUACUGAGUCACUAUUAAUUAUGCCAAAGAUAUGGAUCUUGUGAGGUACAAAACAAAUACCAAAAUAUAGUGGAUAAAUGUGACGACUUCUAUUUUUAUUCGCAUGCUGAUAAGUUUGUCUUUCCCUAUUAAUUCCCUAUUAUGAAUAUUUAAGAUACGUUAAUGGUUAGAAAAAGUGCGAUUUUCUUACCAAUCAAAUUUGUUUUAAAUCCACACCUACUUAGAGGGUACAUACGCCCGAGUGCUUUCUUUUUAAAAGUAAUAGAAGUUAGAACAUAGCUUCAGUACGAGCAUAAUUUAAAAUUGUCAACAAAUUUGCUUUGUGAAUGGUGUGGACUGCAAGUGGUUUGAGUUGGUGUGGUUAAACGUAUGCCAAAAAAAAUAUGCCCCAAGUGAUGAUGACAUUCUAACUCUUACUACUGAAAAAUACUUACUCAGUUAAAUGCAGUAUGUCUUCAUUUGUAUCUACCUUCACUGCACCCAUGGUCAGUUUUUAACCACAAAAUUUAAUAUCUGGUGGUUUUUUGUGUGUACAGGGCGAGUCAACAAGAAAGUAACAUGGAUUGAUGAUUUUUUUUUCUUAAAAGUCAAUCACAUUUGAUACAUCAAUGAAGUAUGUCUUAAAAGAGCAUGAUCUUAGUCUUAACAGAGCAUUUUCUUCCUCUCAUGUGAAAAAAGAGGAAUUACUGAAAUUGAUCAUCCAGCUGUAUCAGAAGUUAUGCAACUUUUACUAAAAGAACCUAUUUUUUUAACUGUUCAUGAAAUGCAAUUGGAAGCUGGUGAGCUGAGUGAGAAUCACAGAUUACACACAGGCAUUCAUAUAAGAUUUCAAUAAUUUGAGUCGAUAUAAGGAACAAGUGAACUCUUUUUUCCGUGAAUUAUUAAUGGGGAUUUUUGUCUGUUUUCCUUGGCAACUUUUCGUUCGUUCGUGGACGUGCAAAAACGUCUAUGUUUCAUUGUAUUUAAUGGUUAUUUGUCAGUUCGGAGAACGGUAAAAAAAAAUAGUGGUGGACAGCUGAUUGUUG